GUCCCUUGCCAGCUCCCCUCCUCCUCCUCUUGCUCCCGGCUGCCUUCCUGCAAGAAGAAGAAGAAGAGGAGGAGGAGGAGGAGGCCCUGGUGCCAAGGCCAAGGCAGCAGGCAUGUCCCGCAAAGGGGUCCCUCGGGCCGAGGUUUGCGCAGACUGCAGUGCCCCAGAUCCCGGCUGGGCGUCCAUCAACCGCGGUGUACUAGUAUGCGACGAGUGUUGUGGCGUCCACCGCAGCUUGGGCCGCCACAUCUCCAUCGUGAAGCACCUGCGACACAGUCCCUGGUCAGCCACGCUCUUGCAGAUGGUUCACACGCUUGCAAGCAACGGUGCCAACUCGAUAUGGGAACAUUCACUGCUUGAUCCGGCCCAAGUCCAGAGUGGCAGGCGGAAGGCGAACCCCCAAGAUAAAGUCCACCCCACCAAAUCCGAAUUCAUCCGUGCCAAAUACCAAAUGCUGGCCUUCGUUCACAAACUCCCGUGCCGCGAUGACGAUGGCGUGACGGCCAAGGACCUCAGCAAGCAACUGCAUUCGAGUGUCCGGACAGGAAACCUAGAGACCUGUUUGCGCCUUCUCUCUCUGGGGGCACAAGCCAACUUCUUCCACCCGGAGAAAGGAACGACGCCUUUGCAUGUAGCAGCCAAAGCAGGGCAGAUCCUCCAAGCCGAGCUGCUGGUGGUGUACGGUGCUGACCCCGGAGCCCCCGACGUGAAUGGACGGACCCCCAUUGACUACGCCAGGCAAGCCAACCAACACGAACUGGCUGAGCGACUGGUGGAGUGCCAAUACGAACUGACGGACAGGCUGGCGUUCUACCUCUGCGGACGGAAGCCAGAUCACAAGAACGGGCAUUACAUCAUCCCCCAGAUGGCAGACAGAGUGCGUCCAAAAUGCAUGUCGCAAAGCCUAGACCUCUCUGAACUGGCAAAGGCAGCGAAGAAGAAGUUGCAAGCACUCAGCAACCGUCUCUUUGAGGAACUAGCCAUGGACGUCUACGACGAAGUGGACCGUCGGGAGAACGACGCAGUCUGGCUCACAACGCAAAACCACAGCACUCUGGUGACCGAACGCAGCGCGGUUCCCUUCCUCCCCGUAAACCCAGAGUAUUCAGCGACCCGCAACCAGGGGCGUCAGAAGCUUGCCCGCUUCAAUGCCCGAGAGUUUGCCACCCUGAUCAUCGACAUCUUAAGUGAGGCGAAGCGGCGGCAACAGGGCAAAGGCCUCACCAGUCCCACAGAGACCCUCGACGCCUCCCUCCACGGCCCCAGUGACAUCGACGACCAGCACGACUACGACAGUGUCGCCUCCGACGAAGACACUGACCAGGAGCCCCUGAGGAACGCCAACGCUGGGAGGAAUAACCGCGCACGGAGCAUGGACUCCUCUGACCUUUCGGAUGGCCCCAUCACGCUGCAGGAAUAUCUGGAGGUGAAGAAGGCUUUGUCUGCCUCCGAAGCCAAAGUCCAGCAACUGAUGAAAGUCAAUAACAGCUUAAGCGACGAGUUGAGGAGGCUACAGAGAGAGAUUCACAAGCUGCAGUCGGAGAACAUGCAGAUCCGGCAGCAAACAGGACCUGUCCACCCAGCCACAGCUCCCCCUGCAAGUGAGCGUCCAGACCAUGUCCACCUCGCCUCGGCCGCCACCACUGCAGCCCACCGGCGUGACCGCCAUGCUUUCUCCAUGUACGAACCGGGUACUGGCGCCUUGAAGCCGUUUGGUCAGCAGCCGAUGGAUGACCUGGUCAACCGCCUGCAGCCAUUCCACCCGGGGGAGGUGGACGACGAUGCCAUGUAUUCUGUACACACUCAAGCCUCUAUCUACCGGAUCCGGAAGGGCGGCUCUGUGUCAUCGAUGCCUUUCCCUCCAUCAUCUCCGCUCGUCUCAUGCCCACCAGAUGGCGGACGUCACAUGACUGGAAAACUAGAUCGACACGGCAGCGGAACGGACAGCGACUAUGACAACACGCAAGGAGGGGACAUACCACUAAGCAUGGACGGGAAACGCUUCUUGGACCUCGCUAAAGACGAGGAUUUGCACCCAGAACCUGAACCACUGGAAGGGGACCUGGACCCGGGUCUACCCAGCACAGAGGACGUCAUCCUCAAGACGGAGCAAGUGACCAAGAACAUCCAGGAACUCCUCCGAGCUGCACAGGAAUUCAAGCACGACAGCAGCUUCGUUCCCUGUUCGGAGAAGAUUCACGCCGCCGUCACAGAAAUGGCUUCGCUUUUCCCCAAGAAACCAGCUCUGGAGACGGUCCGCAGUUCCUUGCGGCUGCUCAACGCCAGCGCCUACCGCCUGCAGAGCGAGUGCCGCAAGACGGUGCCGCCCGAGCCGGGCGCCCCUGUGGACUACCAACUCCUCACCCAACAAGUCAUCCAGUGUGCCUACGACAUUGCCAAGGCCGCCAAGCAGCUGGUCACCAUCACCACUCGCGAGAAGAAGCAGUGAAAGCGAGGACACUUGGCAGGCUUCUCCCUCUGCACCCCACACCUUCCUUCGAACCCAAGACACCCCCCCCCAGUCUCUCUCCAUGGGAUCCUGAUACCCCACUGGAAGUGUCCUUUGCCCACUCGGCUCCGGGGCCGGAUCAAUAACCCCCUUCUCUCUCUCUCUCUCUCUCGUUGCAAUUUGUGAACGGCACAGGAUUCUCCUCCUGUGCUCCGUGGGACGCCAUCUACAAGCGACUUAAAACCCGGUGAUGUAAAUACCCCAAAACCCGGGAGUUGGCAACGUGUGUGUUUGACCCCUUCCCCACUGCUUUUUGGGGGGGCAGGCAGGGUUUGAGCCUUAUGCCACCCCCAAACUCCUCCUCCCUCCCUCCGUCCCCAUAUAUAGUGCGUGGAACUGUAUAUACGUGUAUCCCCAUCCGGCCCAGCGCGCGUGCAAAACACCAAUGUAUUUAUCUCCCACCCUUGUCCCUCAGUAGUGUUAACACUGGAAAAUGCAAACAUGGGGGUGCUGCGGAGACUUUUAAACCCUCUCCGCCCCGUUGUUGUUUUUUGGCUGGGCCACUUCUCUUCCUUCCUAGUAAUAAGUCCUGCAAAAACAAAACGGGAAGAGCGCAUUUCAUGAUUUUAGCCUCGGAGAACAUCCUCACCUUUUUUUCCGCCUCUCUUCCAUCCCCAAAAUUAAGGAUUUGAUGGGAAAGGGGGGGGGAUGCCGACAGAUUCCUGGGCUGGGAUCAGGGAGGAAGACGUGUCUCGAGCGCCAUGCUGGAAUCAUUGUUUGUCUUGUAAAUUUGUAACAAAUAAAAAAAGGAAAUGUGAGCAUCA